AGAACAUGGCAACAUAUACCUCCUUGUUUAGAGCUAUUAUUUUCUUCUUCUCUAGAAUUCUUCAUGAACACUUCAAAACUCCAAGGUAUCUUCAUAGAAAAGUCAUUAAUGCCCUUAAUCCUACUCAACUUAAACUACAAAAAUACCCUUCUUUUAUUGGAUCAUAUGAGCUAUUCUCUAGUGAGGAUGAUGAUGAUAAAACAUUGAUCUUUAAUGUGGAAGAUACAUUGUUGAAAUCAUCUUCUUUGUUCCCUUACUUCAUGCUCGUGGCGUUCGAAGGUGGUAGUAUUUUAAGGGCAUUGUUGCUACUUAUCUUGUACCCUUUAAUUUGUUUGUUUAACAAAGAAAUGGGGUUAAAGAUAAUGGUUAUGGUUAGCUUCUUUGGGAUUAAGAAAGAUGGUUUUAUUGUUGGAAGGGCAGUUUUGCCAAAGUUUUUCCUUGAAGAUGUUGGGUUAGAAGGGUUUGAAGUGGUGAGAAAGUGUAAGAGGAAAAUGGGUGUAAGUGAGUUGCCUCAUGUGAUGGUUGAAAGUUUUGUGAGAGAGUAUUUAGAGGUUGACUUUGUUGUUGGAAAAGAGCUUAAGGUUUUUAAUGGAUAUUUUAUUGGUUUAAUGGAAGAUAAUAAUAAUAAAAUAGGUAAUGAUCUUAAUAAGCACAUGUUGGGAGAAGGUGACAAAUUGGGUUGUAAUAAUAUUUUUGGAAUUAGUGGCACCAAAGCAUCGUUAAGUCAUCCAUUUUUCUCCUUUUGCAAGGAAAUUUAUCUAACAAAUGAAGAAAUGAAGAGCAAAUGGAAAUCUCUUCAAAGUGAAAACUACCCAAAACCAUUGAUAUUCCAUGAUGGAAGAUUAGCUCUAAGGCCAACACCAACAUCCACUUUAACCCUAUUUUUGUGGCUACCUUUUGGAAUUUUCCUUGCUAUUUUUAGAGGAGUUAUUGCUUUAUCCCUUCCUAAAAAUAUAGCAAACCCAAUCCUAACUUUCACUGGCCUAAGACUCCUAACCUGUGCAUCACACCCUAACCCAACAAGCCCGAACCCGAAAAGUUCUUCCGAACCCACGGGCUCGGGUCAGGGUCAUGAUCAGGGUCAUGCAUCACACCCUAACCCAACAAGCCCGAACGCGAAAAGUUCUUCCGAACCCACGGGCUUGGGCUCGGGUCCGGGUCAGCUCUAUGUUUGCAACCAUAAAACAUUAUUAGACCCACUUUACCUCUCUUAUGCACUAAACAAGCCACUAACCGCGGUUACAUACAGCCUAAGUAGGGUAUCAGAAAUCUUAGCACCAAUCAAGACCGUCCGAUUAACACGUGAUCGUGAUCAAGAUGGGAUCAUGAUGGAGAAGCUACUAAAUCAAGGGGAUCUAGUAGUUUGCCCUGAAGGGACUACAUGUAGAGAACCAUUUCUCUUAAGAUUUAGCUCUUUGUUUGCUGAGAUGAAUGACCAAAUUACCCCUGUGGCAAUGGACUGCCACGUGUCCAUGUUUUAUGGAACUACGGCUAGUGGUCUCAAGUGUUUGGACCCUAUUUUCUUUCUCAUGAACCCUCGACCUAGCUACACAGUUCGAUUGCUUGGGGCCGUUUCCGGGUUGUCCACGUGUCAAGAUCGUAGCCAAUCAGGGUUCGAUGUGGCUAAUCAUGUGCAGAGAGAGAUUGGAGAGUCUCUUAAUUUUCAAUGUACUAAACUUACUAGGAAAGAUAAGUACAUGAUUUUGGCGGGAAACAACGGAGUUGUGUAAUUAGCAUAUAUGUACUCUUUCUGUCCUUAGUUGUUUACCCCAUGUAUCAAUAUACUCCCUCUUUCAAUGAUUGUUUAGGGACGGGUUAAAACAGUAAAUGAGGCAAACAAAAAGGGACAGUGGGAGCAUGUAGUAGUGUAGUAUUAGUAAUUGUAACUUUCAAGCUUAAGCUACAAGUUAAGUUUUUUGUUGUAGGAUUAUUUCGUUCAAAUGAAACUUGAUUUCUUAU